CCCCUCAUACGCGCCAGGAAAAAAAGCAUAAUUUCUUCCUUUUGGACUCUGAUGAAGUAAUUGUUCAAAUGUCAAAGAGUAAACCUUGCUACCUCCCUUUAUCUGAUUACAAAUAGGCUAUUUCGUCUUUAAAUAGGCUAUUUCGUCGUAACGUUCGUCUUUUUGUGACAGCUAUUGAAGUACAAACUCUUAACAUCGAAAGUGAAACAACAUUUUCUCCAGGUGUGAAAAAUCUCUAAGCAAGUUUGAAGCCAGUAUUUUCCCGUGGAGUGGAUGACUGUUCCAGACUGGAGGAGGAAGAGUGUAAUAUAGUGUCACAAUGGCAUCAGGUGGAUUAAACACACUGUCAGAGUUGAGGAUUGUGUUGCUGGGUAACAGAAUAUCUGGGAAGAGUUCCUCAGGGAAUACCAUCCUGGGCAGAGAAGAGUUUGAUCUGAGGACAUCUGCUCAGUCUGUGAGGAGACAUGGAGAAGUAUCAGGGAGGCAGGUCACUGUUGUCAACACUCCAGGAUGGUGGGCUAAUCACCCUGUGGAGUGGACACCUGAGAUGGUUAAACAGGACAUUGUCCUCAGUGUGUCUCUGUGUCCCCCAGGACCCCACACUGUCCUUCUGGUCAUACGGGUGGAUGGUUCAUUGACUGAGAAACACAGGAGAUCGGUUGAGGGACACAUGGAACUUCUCGGUGAGACAGUCUGGAGUCACACUAUAAUCCUGUUCACCUUUGGGGACUGUCUGGGAGACACAACCAUUGAACAGCACAUUGAGAGUGAUGGGAAGGAGCUACAGAGGCUUGUUGAAAAAUGUGGAAACAGGUAUCAUGUCUUCAACAAUAAGAACAUGGGUGAUGGAUCUCAGGUCACAGAGCUGCUGGAGAAGAUAGAGGAGAUGGUGACAGGAAGGAGAGGAGGAUAUUACAAGGUAGAGAAAGAGUUUCUAACAAAGACAGAAAACAGGAGGAAGGCAGAGGAAGAGAGAGCAAAACAGAGACUGAUGAAGGUGAAGGAACAGAGAGAGGCCCUGAAAUCACAACUGGAUGACUCCCUCCAUCUCUCAGAGUUGAGGAUUGUGUUGCUGGGAUCCAGAACAUCUGGGAAGAGUUCCUCAGGAAACACCAUCCUGGGCAAAGAGGAGUUUGACCUGAAGACAUCUGCUCAGUGUGUGAGGAGACAUGGAGAAGUAGCAGGGAGGGAGGUCACUGUGGUGGACACUCCAGGAUGGUGGGCCAAUGUUCCGAUUGAGGAGACUCCAGAACUGGUUCUGGACGAGAUUGUCCUCAGCAUGUCUCUGUGUCCUCCAGGACCACACACUGUCCUCCUGGUUAUAGAUGUGGAUGUUUCAUUCAAAGAGGAACACAGAAAAUCGGUGGAGGAACAUCUGAAGCUUCUCGGUGAGACGGUCUGGAGUCACACUAUAAUCCUGUUCACCUUUGGCGACUGUCUGGGAGACACAACCAUUGAACAGCACAUUGAGAGUGAAGGGAAGGACCUCCAGGGGCUUGUUGAGAAAUGUGGAAACAGGUAUCAUGUCUUCAACAAUAAGAGCAGGGGUGAUGGAUCUCAGGUCACAGAGCUGCUGGAGAAGAUAGAGGAGAUGGUGUCAGGAAACAGGGGAGGUUAUUAUAAGAUAAAGAGAGACAUUCUUGAGAAGAAACAAGAGACAAGGAAGACAGAGGAAGAGAGAGUAAAACAGAGACUGAUGAAGGUGAAGGAACAGAGAGAGGCCCUCAGAUCACUUGUAGGUGAUUCCCAACUGUCAGAGUUGAGUAUUGUCCUGCUGGGCUACCAUCUAUCUGGGAAGAGUUCAUCAGGAAAUACCAUCCUGGGCAGAGAGGAGUUUGUCCUGAGAACAGCUGCUCAGUGUGUGAAGAGACAUGGAGAAGUAGCAGGGAGGCAGGUCACUGUUGUGGACACUCCAGGAUGGAUGGCUAAUCUCCAUGUAGAGAGGACAUCUGAGCAGGUUAAACAGGAGAUUGUGUCUAGUGUGUCUCUGUGUCCCCCUGGACCCCACACUGUCCUCCUGGUCAUAAGGGUGGAUACUUCAUUCAAAGCGGAACUCAAAAGAUCAACAGAGGAACACAUGGAUCUACUCGGUGAGAAAGUCUGGAGUCACACUAUAAUCCUGUUCACCUUUGGGGACUGUCUGGGAGACACAAUCAUUGAACAGCACAUUGAGAGUGAAGGGAAGGACCUCCAGUGGCUUGUUGAGAAAUGUGGAAACCGGUAUCAUGUCUUCAACAAUGAGAACAAGGGUGAUGGAACUCAGGUCACAGAGCUGCUGGAGAAGAUCGAGGAGAUGGUGGCAGCUGACAUUACAGAUGGUGGAGAAAAAACUGAGAGUGGAUAUAAUUCUGACAAGAUGAACAAGGAUACAUCUGUGGCUGGAAUUGAUGCUAAAGGGAGCGAACAUGACGGAUCUGAUGACCAGCAUAUGAAAUGCUCUGAAUACGACUUCCUGACAUCACAAUCAGCAUUUGAAGACGGUUCUGAAAGAAAAUCAAAGGGGCCUAUAUGGGUUCAAAACUCAGACACCAUGGGGCUCCAGUGCUCCGCUCCAGGUCUGUUCCCGUGCAGGUUGACAGGGCUGGUGUUUCAGAUGGAGGGGGAGGGGGAGGUGCAGUACAGGACUGUCCAAUGGGAUGAGAGUUUAUUACACUCCACAGGUCAGGUUCCUGCAGGACCUCUGUACAGCAUUAAGUGCCCUCAGGGUUCUGUCAGUGAGCUCUACCUUCCACACUGUGAGGUUCUCUCUGGAGAGGGUCUUGGUUCCCUGUCUGUGGCCCAUGUUACUGGUGACAGUGUGGAGGUUUUACCACCACUGAGGGUGACCGAAACACACAUAGUGGUGACCAUCAGAGACCUGUCCUUAUGGGGCCUGGUCAGAACCUUUAUUCCCUUCCUGUCCAUCAAGGGACAGGUGCUGCCUUUCCUCAAAUCCGUGGACAGUUCACGUUCUGUUCUGAAUGUGAUCGUCCUGCCAUCAAAUGUGCCACUCAGUGAGGUGAAGCAGCAACAGACAGGAAACACCUACAUCCAGGUCUGUUCAGGCUGCACUCUCACUAGAUGGGAAACAUACAUUCUCUCCUCUGACCUGGAGAACAUCCAGGAGAAGAUAACCCCAGAGUGUGCUGCAUUUGAUUGCAACUAUGGUCCAAACUUCCACCCCUCCUUUCAAGUGUUCCUGGAUCCGAAUAUGAAGGAUUUGAAGCUGAGUCUGCUGAAUAGAGAAGCUGCUGGUGACUUGGUGUGGACAGGGAUGAUUCCUCUGCCAGGUGCUCCUGUGGCGGGAUGCGAACAGACUAGGACUCCUCCACAGGAUUCUGCAGACAAGCUGCUGCGUUCUGUACGGAAGGUCUUUGUGGAUCGUGUGUCAAAGCCUGUUGUUGAUAAUCUGCUGGAUGUUCUUCUGCAAGAGAAGGUUAUUAAUACCAAUGAAAUGGAGACAGUGAAGGAGAUGUCUGUGAGGGCAGAGAAGGCGAGGGCGAUCAUAGACAUGGUGUUGAAUAAAGGACCUGCUGCGUGUUCUAAAAUGAAGGCCUCUCUGGUAGAACUGGACCCCUACUUAAGCAGAACACUUGAGUUCAGCUGAAAUGCGGUUGGAGGGCUAAAUAAUACAACUGGUUUGUUUUGUAUAUCGGGUAAGCAAAGGAAUCAACCCAUCAAAACUCUGAACCAUGAAAAUGCUUUGCUAUGUUUACCUUUAUACAGUUCCAAAACUGACGCCUCACAGGUACUCAACUGGCAACUUUAUUAAAUAGCAGCCGCAAAACACCAGUCUCAGCAUCAACAGUAAAGAGGUGACUCCGGGAUGCUGGCCUACUAUUUAAUCAAACUGACACAUGAGGACCUGUGAGGCGUCUGUUUUUCAAACUAGACACUCUAAUGUAUUUGUGCUCUUGCUCAGUUGUGCACUGGGAUCUCCCACUGCUCUUUCUACUCUGGUUAGAACCAGUUUGCGUUGUUCUGUGAAGGGAGUAGUGAUACUGAAGAUACUCAACUUGUCUAAUGAAGGACAGUUUUAUUGCUUCUUUAAUGAACACAACAGCUUUGCAAAAUGGUUUUCUAAUGAUCAAUUAGCCAAUUAAAAGGAUUAACUUGGAACAUAACGUGCCAUUGCAACACAUGAAUGAUUGUUGCUGAUAAUGGGCCUCUGUACACCUAUGUAGAUAUUCCAUAAAAAAUCUGCCAUUUCCAGCUACAAUAGUCAAUUUACAACAUUGUCUACACUGUAGUAUCGUGAAUUUUAUUUUAAUGGAUGAAAAUCUUUCAAAAACAAGGACAAACAAGUGACCCUUCUGAACAUUAGUGUAUAUACAGUAUAUACAUACACACACAUUACCUCCAGUAAGUAUUCAGAACAUACACAUAGUACCCCAUAUUGAAAAAGCAACAACAAUGUUUUUUAAAUCCAUGCUACGUUAUUGGAUAUAUGAAACUAAAAUAUCUAACGUAUGUAAGUAUUGGUGUUGCAAUAAAUAUUUUUCUUAAAGGUC